UCUUAAGUUGAGAGCACCCUUCCUGGAGCACAGUUUGAUUACACACAUUGCUGAGCUACAAUCAUACGCACCAUGAUGAACCUUACCUUGAUAACAGCUUUCAUUCUCUGCAGCAUCAGCUGGAUCUCUGUCUCACUUUCUGAGUCUCACACUGUGGAGGUCCAGUCUGGUGAAAACGUCACACUGCAGUGCACCAAAACUUACAAAGGUCAAGCAACAACAUCCUGGUUCAGACUGGUCAACAGAACCAAAGCCAGCUGUAUCUCAACUAUGAUCAGCUCUGGAACUGUUCGAUACUGUGAUGGAUUUAUAAAUGGAAAAUUUCAAAUGAGCUCCAACAUUUCCACAGUCUCGCUCAACAUUAAGGAAGUGGAUUUAUCUGACUCAGGGGUUUAUUUCUGUGGAUUUAACAUUUACGGACAGACAUUUUUAAGUGUCAUACAUUUAAAUGUUGAAGGCAGUGAUGAUGAAUCAUAUGAUGACAUUGGCAGAGAGUCUAAACAGUCGGAUGCAACAACAAAGUUGAUGGGUGUGAUCUUGGUGAUCUUGGGCAGUCUGUUUGUUCUCCACACUACGGUCAUCAUUGGUCUGGUUGUUAAAAACAGAAAACUUCAGAGAGCUAAUGAAGAAAAGAAUCGACAACAGAGUGAGAAUCUGGGCUCUGAUGACCUGAACUAUGCAGCAGUGACUUUCUGUCAAAAAGCAAAAAGAAGAGCGGUGGAGCCAAAUGUUGUGUAUGCUGCCACCAGAUAGACUCAAGAAACAAGAAAAGCUGUUCAGAGGGGAACUGAUGCUUUUUCAUGUGAAUCUGCACUUGUGUUUUUAUGUGUUUUUGUGUUUUUGGUGGACAGGAGACCAUCACUUUGGCAGAAAAAAAGAUGCAUAACAGUUGCAUCUUCUUUCUAGUGCUGAGUUUUAUUUCAUAUCGCUCUUGUAAAGAUGUUAUUACAGCACAUCAAUACAGAAACUUAAGCUUUAAAUGUUGACUUAAUAUAGACUGUAUGCACAGUACAUACAGUAUGUUGCUGUGUCUAUAGUGGUACGUGGAAGAAAAUAGUCUACAGCUAACAUCCAGGUGUGUUUUUUUAGCAUGUA